UCGCCGGAAUCAUGUGUUCGACGUUCAGUAUGUUGCGGUCCUUGCUCACGUACAGUUGUGUCAUGCGGGAGUGCGAUUCGUAGAUCGAGUGCGAGCGAUCGAGUCGAGGACCGAGAGAGUCGCGGCGAGAGAUCAGGGAGAAAGAGGAAAGAGAGAGCACGCGUGUUCGCGCGUCCGCGUGGAAAAAUCGAGUUAAAUCGACGGAGGAGGGAAAAAAAAAAAACUGGUGGCGGCCGAAACCGGAGAGCGAGAUCGCUCGCCGUCGCGCGUUGUUGCUGUCGAUCGGUCGAUCGCGCGAUCGGCUUUAUUCGCUCGCGCUGCUCGUUUUCGCGUUUCUCCGAAGCCCACCGAAGCGCCGCGGAGCGGCACGCAACCGCAAGCGCGUCUCCGAGUUCCGCGGAUCCGGAAAACGGAAAAGGCGCGAGGAAGAAACGCGUUCGCGCUCUCCCUUCCCCCUCCCCCGCCUCCUUUUUUCCCCGGCCGUCGUUCGCUCUCUCUCCCUUCGGCCCCCGAACGCGUCUUCAUCCCAAGCGUCUUCCGCGUGUCCACUUUGCGCGCGCGCGCACGCGCGCGCCCCUCGGUUCGUAGUGGCGGUUUUGUCGUGGUGUGAUUUCGUUUUCCGUCUUUCUCUCUCUCGGUCGGUCGUCGAAAGUUUGUCGGUCGGUUCUCCGGCGGUCUGGAGAAAUCACCGCCGAAGAGAAGAGGAGGGACAGUGCCGUCGUCGUCGCCGUCCGGAAGUUGUUUGAUUUUCCACGAGUCCAUCCUGGGAGAAAUAUCCUGAGAAGAUCGGGGAUGAUGAGAUAGCCCUCUCUCUCUCUCUCUCUCUCCCUCCCCCCCCCCCUCUUCUCCGAUCAUUUAUCCACGCGGGGAUUGGAUUACCAUGCUGGUGGACACGGCCACGAGUCACAGGUGGCUUGACGUCCAGGCUGAAACCGCGAAGGGAAUAGAUUCGCAGCAGUAUAAUGCUUACAACGUAGCAUUAAAACUUCGACCAUCUUUUUCUUGAGUCGCUCUGCGAUGUUGUUUAGGUGAGCGGGAGGGAGGCGCUGCUGACCGGUGGCGGCGGCGGCCAUGCGCUCCGGCCCGCUAAUCCAGCCGAGCCGCCGCAGGCCUCCCCGUCGCCAGCAUCCGCACCACCAGCAGCUCCAUCGGGAGCGCAAUCGACAACAGCAACGGCAGCAGCAGCAGCAGCAGGAGCAGGAGCGUCGUUGGUCGCGCCUGCUACCGCGAUUGCACGGCCACGGUUCGCGUACCCUCCUGGUGGUGCUGCUGCUACUGGCCAGCAACCCCUUGGCCCUGGCUCAGGCCGAGUCGUCAGAAUCACCGGCGGCUCUGGCGGCUCCAACGACUCAAUGCCAGCCGGCCAUCACCUCUCACAAGAAUUUGUGGUGGGGAAGCAACAACACGAUUAACCAACCACUGAACCUGACCAUCGGCUAUCUUGCAGCCAUUAAGGGCGGCCUCAAGGACCGUCAGGGUCUGGCCAUUUCCGGUGCCCUGACCAUGGCUCUCGACGAGGUCAACAAUGAUCCAAACAUUUUGUCGAAUGUGAGGCUGGUAAUGCGAUGGAGCGACACGAGGGGAGAGACCUCCGAAGCUACCAGAGCAAUGAUCGAUAUGAUUUGCGAUGGGGUCGUGGCCUUCUUCGGACCGGAAGGUUCCUGUCACGUCGAAGCUGUAGUCUCCGAAUCUCGCAAUAUUCCUAUGUUCAGUUACAAAUGCUCAGAUUACAAGGCCUCGAAGGCAAAGACUUUCGUGAGGACUGAGCCGCCGGACACGCAGGUAACUAAGUCGGUGAUCGCCCUACUAUUGCACUACGGAUGGAACAAAUUCACGAUAGUGACGGAGCGUGCUUGGUCCACGGUCGCACGUUCGCUUCAGCAACAGGCGACUAAGAACAACCUCACCGUGAACCAUUACAGAACCGUCGAGGAUCGGCACACGUGCUGCGAGGAGAGAAUGUCGUGUUGCCAAGUCAGCGUAUGGUUCCAACUUAUACAGGAGACGAAAAAUAUGACUCGCAUUUACAUCUUCUUGGGUACUCCAAUGUCACUGAUAGAUAUGAUGAAUUCGAUGGAAGGUCAAAGACUGUUGGAUGACGGAGAGUAUAUGGUAAUAUACGUGGACAUGAUGACGUAUUCACAACGUGAAGCACAGAAGUAUUUAUGGAAACCAGAGCACUUCGAUCAUCUAAAGAAUUGCCUUGAACCAAAAAAUUUUUUGAAGAGGGCACGUUCGUUGAUGGUCGUUGUGUCGACACCGCCAACGCAAAAUUAUGAAGAAUUUACGAAGAAGGUUCGAUACUAUAGUAGCACAGAGCCCUUCAACUUUAUAGUUCCCGAGCUUCUGAGAAAGUAUGAAAAGUAUGUAUCCAUUUAUGCGGCAUAUCUGUACGAUUCUCUAAAGCUAUACGCGAGAGCCUUAGACCAGCUGAUACGAGAUCAUCCGGAUCAAUCUAUCGAGGAAUUAGUCAAAAACGGCUCUCUUAUAGUCGAUACGAUUAUCAAGAAUCGUACAUAUCAAAGUGUAAGCGGAGCAACCAUUAAGUUGGAUAAAUUUGGAGACUCAGAAGGAAACUUUUCAGUACUUGCUUUGAAAAAAGAACCGUUCCAGGUCCAUAACUUUUCUUGCGACUAUCAGAUGUUACCUGUUGGCCAGUUUCUACAGGGUGAAACUCUAGUAUACAAGUCUUUACCAGGCGCUAUGGAUUGGCCCGGCAAAAAUAAACCGGAGGCAGAACCUGGUUGUGGUUUUCUCAAUGAACAUUGUCCGAAGGAUGAUACACAUCUCCGUAGUAUCAUCGUUGCCGGAGCUCUAGCUGUUUUGCUGUUUUGCGCCACAGUAAUCACUAUGAGCAUAUAUCGAAGAUGGAAAAUAGAACAAGAGAUAGAAGGAUUGCUUUGGAAGAUUGAUCCAAACGAAAUACACGGUUAUCCUCUUGAUAAUAUGAUGUCUUCCCCUAGUAAGUUAAGUUUAGUUAGUGCAAUGUCCUAUGAGUCGAGAUGUGGCAACCAAGUGUUUGCGCAAACGGGACAUUACCAUGGUGUAAUGGUACGGAUAAAGGAACUAAAAUUCUCGAAGAAAAAAGACAUUUCACGAGACGUUAUGAAGGAGAUGCGCAUUCUCCGUGAAAUUAGACACGGUAAUCUCAACUCUUUCAUCGGAGCAUGUGUGGAGCCGAUGAGGAUAUUGUUAAUUACCGACUAUUGUGCCAAAGGAAGUCUUUAUGAUAUCAUUGAAAACGAAGAUAUAAAAUUAGAUGAUAUGUUCAUUGCAUCGUUAAUUCACGAUCUUGUUAAGGGUAUGCUGUAUAUUCACGAGUCAUCUCUACUAGUUUGUCAUGGCAAUCUGAAAUCUUCUAAUUGUGUCGUAACUUCACGAUGGGUACUUCAAGUUUCCGAUUUCGGUCUUCAUGAUAUGCGCCAUUGUGCCGAAUCUGACAGCAUUGGUGAACAUCAGUAUUAUCGAAGCUUAUUUUGGAAAGCCCCCGAGUUGCUAAGAAAUCCGCAUGCCCCGAUUAGAGGUACUCAGGCAGGAGAUAUUUAUUCUUUCGCUAUUAUUCUGUAUGAAAUUCUUGGACGCAAGGGACCAUAUGGAAAUAUAAAUCUGGAACCUAAAGAAAUUAUAGACCGAGUGAAAAGAUUCCCGGAAGAUGGUGAACCACCAUUUAGACCGAAUUUAAACAUACUUUCCGAGUCAAAAGCAAAUUGUGCUGAUUAUGUCGUUAGUACUAUUAUGGAUUGUUGGGCGGAAAGUCCAGAAUUUAGACCAGAUUUCAAAACAAUAAGGACCAGAUUGAAGAAAAUGAAAGCUGGAUGGCAUCGAAAUAUAAUGGACCAAAUGAUGAAUAUGAUGGAGAAAUAUGCAAGCAAUCUCGAAGAUCUAGUCACCGAGCGUACGGGACUUCUUUUGGAAGAAAAAAAGAAAACUGAAGAUCUCCUUCACAGAAUGCUACCUAAACCAGUUGCGAAUUGUUUAACAAACGGUAUUGGGGUAGAACCGGAAGCUUUUGAUUUGGUUACUAUAUAUUUUAGUGAUAUCGUUGGUUUCACUGCGAUGUCAGCGGAAAGUACACCAUUUCAGGUUGUAAAUUUUUUAAAUGAUCUAUAUACAUUAUUCGAUCGUAUAAUCAGAGGAUACGAAGUGUACAAGGUAGAAACGAUUGGAGAUGCCUACAUGGUCGUUUCCGGACUUCCAAUAAGAAAUGGAGAUCAGCAUGCUGGGCAGAUAGCUUCAAUGUCGCUGGAAUUACUUAACGCUGUUAAGCAUCAUAAGAUACCUCAUCGGCCUCAAGAAACUCUCAAAUUACGUAUCGGCAUUCAUACUGGUCCUGUAGUAGCGGGUGUUGUUGGUUUGACGAUGCCUAGAUAUUGUUUAUUUGGAGAUACCGUCAAUACUGCGUCACGUAUGGAAUCUACUGGAGAACCUUUACGAAUACAUAUCAGUAGGCAAUGCAAAGAGGCGCUAGAUAAGAUCGGAGGAUAUAAAAUCGAAGAGCGUGGCUUUAUUGAAAUGAAAGGAAAAGGAACGGUGAAGACUUAUUGGCUUACUGGAGCUACUGUAACGCACCGAAAAAAUACAGAGAAUUCUAAUGGGGAUGAAAAUAUUCCACCGCUAUUUUGUAGACCGCGAAAAAGUCCAAAGCUAAAUCCGGACUCGCGAUAUGCAUCGUUACUAGAUGGAUUAGGUGCUGGUAAUCAAUCACGCAGACAAUCAUGUGUACCAUAUUCAAUAGUAGACGACUCUUCUUCGCAGUGUGGUGGAUCUAGUCCAGUUCCGCGAAUGUUACACAUUCGCAAGCUCGAGAGACCUCCCCUGUCUUUGACUGAAAGCAUCUCGAAGAUUACGCUAGAUAAUAUUUCAGUUCAAGAAGACGUACAAAGGCACUUAAAUAUUAAGUCAGUUGAUGAUCUAUUAAUGAGCACAGGGCCAAAACUUAGGAAAAAUGCACGUGCAUUAUCUACCAUCGCGUCUUCAUCAUCAAGUGAUUAUCCAUCUCAAACUAUCAUACGCGGAUCCCGUUCACUCGACCAGCUUCCAACUGAUAUAUAUAAUAAACGGUUCGAGUCGCCAAAGGAGAGAUUCUGGCAAGAAAAUGAAUGCACGCAGAUUGACUUAAAAGCAGAUAUUUCUGAGAAAAUGCUGAAUAAUAAUUAUCCUAAUGGCAAUGUGAUAAUGAUGUCUCACACUGAUAAUCCUCCGAAUGAAGCAGAUCCAUUGUUAGGCGAAGACAGUGCGGAUAAGAGAGAAAUACGGGAGAAACGUUCACGCUCGUUGGAUCAAGUGGUAUCUGCAUCUAACACGGACAGUGUACCUGAUAAAAAGUCUUCUGCGCUAAAGUUGUUGGAAAUUCCACCAGUUUCAACCAUUAUACAGAUAUUUAAUGGUAAUGGGUUGCGCAAUAGUAAUGUUUCUGUAAGGAGAGGAAUAUUAGCAGGGUAUGAUAAGCAAAAUGAACGCGAAAGUGUGGUCUAAUAUGCAUUCAAGAAAUUUUUUAUGCGACGAACUAAGUAGUAAGAUUAGAAUCAUAUGUAAAAAUUAUGCGAUAACUAGACGCAUAAAUUUGUAAAACAUUACAUUUACAAAUCAUAAACAUGAUUUAUUGUUGCCAUCUUUUUUUCUAACUUACAUACGUGCAAUUUAUAUGUAUAUGAAAGUUACCGACUAUAAUGUAUAUAUUUUUAAUAUUUAAGAUUUUAUAACUCUUGUAUUAUAAUAUAAAGCAUGUGCAUCGAGACGAUGUAAAAACUUGUACAUGAAACAGGACUGUUCUCCUGUUCUUUUCUCUUUGUUAUGAUUUUUCAAAUGUGUAAUACACACAGGAACAGUAGACUAUUUUAUAAAAAUCAUGACCAAAGUACACCACGAACAUUUAAUUCAUUCGACAAUUCAUUCGUUUAAUGGUAUAAAAAUACAUAUAAAAAAAGAAAUUAAGACAGUAUCGCGUAUGGUCGAUGUCAGAAUGUUCAAGAUUCUUUUUAUUUUCUAGGUAGCUCUCUUUUAUAAUUUUAUUUUUGUGAACUGAAAAAAAUAGUAAUAGUAUUGAAAUUUAUAUAUGUAGCAAUUUGUAAAAGUUUAUCUAAGAAAUGAAAAAUUUUCCGAGCAUUCCAAUAUCGACUAUAUAUACACGUGCAUAAAAUCAAAUAUGAAGCACGAGUGUAUAAGAUGUGUGUAUAUAAUACAUAUAUUAGUAUACACAUGUACAUCUAUAGUAUCUGUAAGUCCAUACUUGUUUAUGAAAGGAAGUAAAAUGUCCGUAUGGCUGUGAGAAGUAAACUAGAUUAUACUUAAGGUGCUUAGUAAUAUAUCAUGUUGUCAAAUGUAUAUAAUUAAAUAAUAAUAUAUCAAUGUAAAAAAA